AUGGCAACAUCAAAUAUUAAACAACCAGAGAAUGAUAUGACAUAUGAUGUUGAAAUAGGUCCCACAAUGGAGAGGGAUAGUGAUUUUGUUAAUAAUGAACAAUAUCAUACAUUACAAUAUAAUCUUAAACCCAAGAGUCUGGAUACAAGUAAAGCGUUAAUAAAGAUGAAUCAAGGCUCAAUUCAUAUACAGCAUAAUCAUACAUCAACUAAUGAGAAAUUCGAUUUCUUUGGUGCAUAUAAACCUUGUAAAGAGAUGGAAUGUUUAUUAAUAUUUGAAAAUGGUGUUUUUAGACUUGAGAGACAAAUAAGCUCUUCAUCUGUAAUAAGGAAAUUAAAUAGUAAUUCAAACAGAUGUAGGUUUAAAUAUUAA